AUGUCAUUUCUAUCCCUCCCCUCAGAACUGCGCAUCGAGAUAUACAAGCUUCUCUUCUUCCCCUCCGGCCCCCUAACGAUCUACGUCCCCCGACCCAUCAUCGACGAUGAAGACGAAGAUUGUUACUCACGGCAUUCCGAGAGGCGAAAGCCCAAGCCAAGCCUCGAAAUAAUCCGCACCAACAAGCAAAUCUACCGAGAAUCUCUCCCCCUUCUGUACCAGGGUUGCAAACUUUGCUUCGUUCCGGAUGAGGCCGUCAUCGCCGAGUUCCUCGAUAACAUGCCAGAAUUUGCACGCUUCAACAUACAGACCGUAGGGAUAAAGCCUCAAGCGAAAAACCUGCAGGAGCAUCCCAGCACGAGGACGAACAAACGUCAAGUGAUUCAGCAAGCUUGUUGGCUCGCUAUCACCGCUUUGAUUGCGGGAUCUUUCCCCAAUCUGCAGCUGUUCGGAGGACACUUGAGCCUUUGGAAGGGCUAUGAGCUGGUGACGGAAUAUGACAGGUGGGUGUGGGUGCCUCUUGAGACGCUGUAUCGUGUGCACAGACCUGCUCAGGCGACGAACUGA